AUGUUUGUCCGUCUGUUACGACACUCACGACAGAUCUUGCCCGAGGCGGUUGGAAGUGUGGCAGAGAUUGUAAGGUUUCAUCUUAACCAAGCGUCUGAGAAGAGCUUGCCCCAGCUCACUCUUCUCUACAAUCGCGCUCUAUCUCUACUAUCUGCUCCGACGUCUCUGGAACCAUUUCGCUUCUCCCAGCUGCUGAAGAGAGUGCAGUUCGACGUCCUGAGAGCGAUGGAUGAAAGCGAUCCAGCAAUUCCAAUAAACCAGGAGGGCUACAGGGCAAUCGCACGCACCCAACUGGCUCAGAAAAAGAUGCCAAAUGAACAGGAAUGGGCCAGACUGAAAGCAAAGUCGUGGCCGCCAUUCAAACAGGAGCGGACGGGCGUAGACGUGGAGAAAGGUGUCGAGCUUGGCAUAUCAGGAGCUGCGAAAGCGCUACAGUACAUGCAGGAGACGGGUUAUCCGGCGGCGUCAUGGGAUCAAAGAGCCAAAAUCUACGCCGGGUGGGACAUCGAUGGAAGCCCUACCAUCCAGACAAGGAAGAUGAUGCCCAAGAUGCCGUCCGCGCCUCCUCAAGAGCCAGUCAAUGAGCGGACGAAGCAAGCACAGUUACAUCGGGUACAGCUGGACAUCUGGGCCGCCAGGAUAGAAGCGACACGGACGCUGGAAGAGGCGUGGGCUAGCUUCUUGGCCUACGAGGAUACCAGUCUGCCCGCGGAUCAAGAAGUGUACCUUGCCAUGUACAAAAAGAUACACUAUGACGAGAAGCGCCGCCAAGCUGAGAGCCACGAACAAGACGAAACCUCGAUUGCAUUAGAGAUGGACGAGGUCUUACCAGGAGAUGGGAAGGAGGUCUUCGCCAGCUCCGAGUCGCCUCAGGAACGAAUCUAUGUCCGAGCACCUCCACCGUCGCUCCACACGUUCUUCGACCAUCUGAUGGCUAAAGGUUUCGAACUGAACCGCGAUUGCCAGAUAUCCCUCAUUAUGUAUGCGCCUUCCCUGGAAGCAGGCAUCAAGGCCAUCGUAGAAUCCCGCAACGCACACGUUAGCUGCUUCAUGCUGCGGUCGGCGCAGGAUGUCGAGAUAGCACGGAACGGACGCCAUCGGCUGGUGCUGUCCGCCAUUGUCGGUCUCCUCUGCCGCUUCAGGUACAUGAAACGGCUGCCUUACCUCAACCAGGCGUUCCUGCAGCAGUUGAGCCUGCCGCCCGCUCUGUUUGGAUCACGACUCAAUUUCGACCAUCCAAUGCACCAUGUCGAUCGGCUGAUGCGCCUGACGAAUUCAACGCACCGACCGACCUGGAACAUCAUCCUGAGCCUCUUCGCGUCGAACCAGCAUUUCGUCCGCCAGCUGGACGGCACAGCGCUUGACUCGAUCCGCAGGGUUGUCACGCGCAUGAAAGCGCUGGGCCUCGAUCUUGACGCUUACGGCCUCCAAUCCAUCUGCCGCGCCUUAGAGCAUCUUGCCGCCGACCCCGCCGCCAGCAGCCCCACGAGGAACGCCGCAUGCUCGCAAUAUCUGCGCCGCCUCUUUGUCGAGCUCUUCGGCGGCACGCACGCUGACGAGCCUCUGAUCCAGCCCUUCGACACGUUAGACUCAGACAUGCAACAGGUGCCCCUACCGCGCCUCCUCGCGACACCCAGGCCCGCGCUCCUGCACCCGUACGCGCGCGCUCUAGGCGCCUUGGAGGACUAUGAGGGCCUGCUCAGUCUGGCGCAGUGGAUGGUGCAGUAUAAACCUGAGUUGCUGGACGCGGUGGGGGAUUCGGCGAGCAGGGAUCGCCUGAUGAGGCGGACGUUGGUUGCUGUGAGGUUUUAUCUUGAGGGGUCGGCGGAGGCGCCGAGGGAGGUGGUGGAGCUUGCGAGGGGGUGGUUGGAGAAGUUGGAGGAGUGGGGCGGGUGGCAGGAGAGCGAGGAUGUGGAGGUGUAUGCUAGGGUUGGGGCGGGGCGUGCACAAAGGAAGAAACAAUGA